CGGCGGUUUUGCUUGUGCUUGAGCUCGCACAGCCCUGCGCAGCUACCCUACCGCGUGCGCACUACAUUUCAGCCAGCAACUACCCGGCGGGGACGAACGCGGCCGCCGCAACGCACCUCUAGACUCCGAUCACCGGCCAAACUGCAAGCGGCAGCAUUCACCGCCGACACGCUACGUAAGAUGGAAGUCAUCGCUCCUGAAAACGUAAUGGUCAACGCGCCGAUGCAGCAGGACGCUCCGCCCAGCGCGCCACCGCCUCCCGACGCGGCGAGCGCGCCACCACUUCCCGCCACCGCCGCUGCACAGCCGCCAAGCACCGUCGUGAAGCCGCCGCUGGCGCCGCACAACGUCGUCGUCGACGCCGCUACAAAACCGCUGGCGGCACCCCAAAACGUCGUCGCCGACGCCGCGACGAAACCACAAAACGACGGCGCGACGCCCCGCGCGGCGAGCACGCCGGCACCCUGGGUCGACACGAACUCAAAAAUGCAAGCGCCGUCGACGACGCGGAGCGGCGCGCGCCAGAGAAAAAAAAGACGCCAGAGCUUCCCGCCGUCGGCGCGGGUCACGGACCGGGCGCGGCGCGCGCUCGACGCGGCCUGGACGCGCGAGGUGCCCGGCCUCGGCAACCCGUUCCGGACGCGGCUGACGCAUGAGACUUGCGUGCAGCUCGGCAUCCCCGACUAUAUUAGUGUAGUGGGCGAGGCGGUCGAUCUGACGCUCUGCCGCGAGCGCCUCGCGAACGGCCACUACAAGAACGACGCCGCCUUACAAAGCGACGUGCGCCGCAUCCAUGAAAACGCGCUGAAGUACCACGGCCCGGCGUCGCCCUUCACGACGGCCGCCGAUCAAUUGGUAAAGGACUUUGCGGACGCCCUCUCCAAAAAAGCCGAGGCGCCGCGGACGGCGCGGCGGCCGCCGAAGAAGAAGCUCUUCUCGCCCCCGAAGGAGGUCCAGCUCUUCUCGCCGGAGGCGGCGGCACCAUCUUCUUCAAAGCGGCGCGUCGUCUUCUCGCCCCAGGGGCCGGAAGUUAUCUCCCUCCCACCGACGGCGCCCGGGGAGUGGGUCGCGCCGGACAAGUACCAGUGCGACGGCUGCGGCCGCGAGAUGGGCGCGGGGCUGCGGGGCUUCGAGGUCUACGCGACGUGCGGCGCGUGCGAGUCCGACUUCUGUUUUGGGUGUUGCGACACCGUCGAGCCGGCGAGCGGG